GAAACACAACACUGACGAGAGUGGCGAUGCACUCUGCACUGUGCUGUUGCAAGAAGGCUGAGCCGAGAAAGACCGAGAAAGGAGGUGAUCGGCCAAUCCCGUUGCGGACAGUGUGACUCGUGGGCUCGUGGGCCCUUACCGCAAAUGGAAAAGAUCCCACGCGAGGCUCCUGUCUUUAAACACGCAGGUGGACAUGCACUCGACGACGAACACCGCCUGUUUGACUCCCGCAGAUUCAUAUCGCCUGCUGUCCCCCGCCUGAAUCGCAUUUUCCUCGCCUCUCUGUCGCCCCAGUCGACUCUUUAUUGCUUAUAGGGCUCUCGCGCGAAAGCGGCCGGGCUCUGUAAUAAGGACUCACCCGAGGUCACUCGACUUCGGCGCGCGUCCUUUGACUCCCGAGAGUCAAGAUGUACUUCCUCAAGAUAAACCGUUUUCGUCCGCUCGCACUCUGCUCCGCAAACGUCGACUCUGCUUCAUACAUUAGCCCACAAUCUACUGCUAAAUCUUACCCCUUCGAUGUUCGCGGCGAGCGCGAGGUUUUAAUCUGAAUCGUUCCUGCCCGUUUACUCCCAACUCAGCCAUUAAUUCCAUAUCCUCUUCCUCUUUUUCUUCAUCUCUCUGCGUUGCUUUUUAUGCGCUAGGCUUCCUUUUCAGCAUUUUUUUUGAAGGCUUAUUAUUGGUCUGUCUUUUCGGCUCAUAUGCAAUCGAUCCCCCACUCAAUGGCCCACCGAGGCGCGGGCGCGACUCGGACAAACGCUCGAUGGCACCCCUACACCCCUCCGCGCGCUCCGUUUGCUGGCGCGAGCAUGCCCAACUGUGUACUGCUUGCUCCCUCGACGUCCCAUCAUCAACAUCAAUCAAUCUCUCAGGAACCCAAUUAUUUAAUCACCCCGGCUGCAUCCGUGUACAGUAUCUCUCCUGCUGUUUCGACUUUCUCUCAGUCUCCGCAUCCUCUCUCGGCCGCGCUGCAGCAAACAAUACCUUUCACUUUGAAACAACCUCAAAUUCAGAAGACGCACCAGGCAAAAGCAAACUACGUGGCGUCCCUGGUCGAUCAAACCGUAAAAAGCUUGACCGAUAUCUGGCGCCCCGAAGACAUCCCUGCCGUCUUCUCAACACAAACAGAUAUCACUGUUCUUUCACGACAAUCAUCUCUCCCUUGUCCUCGUUCCGCACCGAAGCACAACCUGGUGCAGCUCCCUUCGCCGUGCUCACCCGGCACGUUCUGUUCGCCCCUCCAUAUCGUCUCCUCGGAUCCGCCGCGCCUUUCAAGGUCGGCAUCAACAGUAUUUCCUGCUGCCUUCCUCGCCGAGCACUUUGGCACCAAUGCAACUACUGUCGUAUCCGAAAAAGACCUAGUCCCGAUCAAAACCUUCGUACAGGAGGUUCUUCGCCGCUCUCGAACAACAUGCAGCGUCCUGCAGUCGGCGCUGUGUUAUAUCGAAGCAGUGAGAGGGAAGGUUCCCGAACUCCUAGAAAAGGAGAAGUGUGGUAUGGGAUUAAAGGACGAGUCGGAGUUGGAUGAAAGAAUUGUGAAGGAAGAAGCAAGUUUAUUGCCGAAUUCUAAUUCUUCUACGGAUACCCUCUCCGGACUACCGACAGAGGUGAUGCCUAUGGAUCCCUUCGACGGGAUAGAUGCGACAACAGUCCUUCAAAAGGACGCGUCAAGUCUUCCUACUCAGACUCAGCCGGCCAAUAAUGCGCAGUCCAACGACAAACGACGCAAAAUUCCGGCAAAACCUCUGACGCCUUUACCGCCAUUGCCGUCUCCACUUCUGUGCCCUAGACGCACCUUUCUAGCUGCUCUUAUACUUGCAUCCAAGUUCUUGCAGGACCGGUGCUAUUCAAAUAGGGCAUGGGCAAAACUGUCUGGACUUCCUCCUCGGGAAGUGAGCCGCUGUGAACGCGCGCUGGGCGAUGCGCUUGGCUGGCGUCUGUGGGUUGGGAAAAGUCCCUCUUCAGCAUCUGAGGAGAACCCGCGUGGUGUGCAACGUUCAAAAAGCGAAGGCACGAUCACGUUUGGUACAUCGCCACGGCCGACUACUUACAACACUAUGUUUUUCCCAAGUCCUCCACUUUCUGACGCAGGUAGAGGGUAACAGGUCGGGACAGCCCUGAACCUGUGUCCCAUGGCAAAUCCCCGGGCCAUUCGGGUUAUUUGCAGGUACUUUGUACUAUAUGUUUUUACCUUUGUGAGACAUCAAUAAAUAUGCCUUCGAAUCGUCGAUUCCCGGUCGUCAAGAGCAAGACCAUGGUCGACCCAAUCACACAACUACUCUACUUCAAGUUGGCCAUAUUUGCCUUAUUCGUCCAAAGCCGACGCCGCAUCAUCGACCCUUGGACACAAGUCAUCAAGUUUACAUCAGACUGCAACGGUAUAUGGCAAAUGCAAGUCAGUGAUCGACUAAAUCUUACUGUUUAGUAGUACGAUCGCGAACAAGUGGAAGACCUGUGAGCUUAUUCUCAGCAUCCGUUUCGGAUUUGCUUACUGGAGAGAUGUCAUCUUCGCCGUUGAUAUCAAAUUCUGUUGAACGAUAUUAUGGAGAACGCUAGACGAGUAAUUGAAGAAGACGAUUGGACUUCACAGGUCGCCACUGCUGAAUUAACCUGUUCGUGUUAAGUUACCAGAAACGAGGUGGAUCGGGCCUCGAUGAAUGGUACGCAUGCCAUGUUCGAGCCCAUUAAUACAUUUCUUGCGUUGGCGAAUAGCUCUCGUUUGAAACGGGUAUCUGCUGAAAUGCAGUCCUUGAUCUCGAACCCGCGCAGACUAUUGCCGCACACAAUGCACACUGCGUCUCCCAUGAAUGAGUGUGUAAAUGUCUACCGGGUGGUGAUACUGCCCCUGGCGCGGCGCUUGGGCCCAAGAUGAAUUCGUGGCAUAAAGUAUUGGUUCAGAACUACGACGGGGUCUUAUGUCGUAGGCGCUUUCGUCCGUCCUGACAUUUAGAGCACACCCAAUUCUUCCGGACGGCUCAGAAACGAAGAUCGAUAAGGUCAAGGUCAAUGUGCUUCUUCCCCGUUCGAAGGUCGCCAGCGAAGGCGGUUAAGCUCUACCUCUUUAUUCACAACUCCUUUUCAAACUCGUCAAAGACAAUUCGCCAUCCGCACUGACAUUGGAGCACAUGCAGUGUCCGUUGUUCGUCCCUUCACUCGUAACUCCUUUUCAAACUCGUGUAGGGCAGCUGGUCCCCUGAGCCUGUCCCCUUGCAACAAUAUUUGGUUUCACUAUGCAAAUGGGACACUCCGAAUGGACUUAAGGACGACAGGAUCGGAUAAUAUUACUAUACACCCAGCCGAGUGAGGGGCGGUAGUGGAGGCGCGAGUGGAUCCGGACUGCGCACGGAUUCGGGGAUACGACAUAUGACGUCCCGCCCGUGAAUACCUGCGGAUGUUGAUGAUCCUUGUACUUCCGAGAUUCGAGCCCUAUUCGCCAUGUUGUCCUCGGACUUGUUCCUUGAGCCCAGCCGUCAAUACGUGCACUCCGCGUGCUAUUACUCAACAUUGGUCGCGCAGUAUUUGAAGGACAGUAACCCCGCCACCAACAACCUGUGAGGCAUUCCAAGUUGACUUUAGAUAAUGUAGCAUUCUGGAUUUGAGUUACCGCACCAUCACAUUACAUCCUUCCAAUAAUCUAGACGCUGGAGCCGACUUUAUACGUUCACUGAAUGACUAGCUGUUCGCGAGGGACGACGACUUCAAGUGAAUAAGUCUAUACCACCAAUUCUCUUCAGUGCAGGAUGUUGACCAGCCUUCAAAUGAUCAUUUCGUCCUUGUUGGCCAUGGUAACGAAGCAAUCUUCUUGCAGCGAAGUUCCGUGGUAACUCAGGUUGGCUUCACCAUGCAUAUCGAGUAUUCUUGAGACAACUAGAAGAUUUGGCGCAUGAAGCAGGAUGUGGAUUCUGCAUACUUCGAAGACGCAGUUCUCUGCAUACGAACGUGACUAUCGUCCAGUGUCAGGGAAGUGUUCACUUAGUUGCUGGCCGACACACCCGCAUACGUUACUGCUUAUGCGUCAUACACUGCAACGGGUUUCUACCUGAUUUCUAGUCCGAUGAUGCCCAGAUGGCCGUUUGGUGUUCAUCGGGUGACCUUUCCCAGUCGGCUCUGGAAAUGCACCUUGGACAAUGGAUUAGAUUCUAGCACAAAUUUUUGUUACUAGUGUGGAUGAUGUUGUUCUCGUCUGGUGGAAGCUUGGAUAGAAACUACGUGGCAUUCACCAUGUAUGUUGUUGCUCAAUGAUCAAAUUAUUUUCUUCUUUUCUUUUUACUUCACUUGACUCCGAUCGUUCCAGAAUCAGUUUACUUUCCUUACAAGCUUCAUAUUUCUUCUUGCUUUAUGAAUAUUUAAUUUGAUUCUUUUCCGAAAACUUUUACUUGUCCUUGUCUCCUCUGAAUUCGUCCUUUUUCAUUGGUACACGCAUGCUACACCUCGGUCAAAUUACAUUACGGUCGACCGAGGUCGGCUAUCCUCUACUGUCCAUCUUUGUUGUUUAGUAUUCUAACGU